AUCCUACAUGUAAAAGUUGUUGAGCAUGUUCCUCUUCCUAACACACCCCUCCAUUUUUUGAAGCUUACGCGACGUGAUUAAGACCUUCUGUCCUUUGCUCAGUUCACUGCACCACACACAUACCCAUACGACCAUAUCCACGAAAAGUCAUCUGCGCACGCGCAUCACCGAGCGCGCCUUCCCUUUCCUCUCCUCCUAGUAGCUUCUCUCCCCGGUUCUUCCCUCUCUCCGUCCCGUGGUCGGCCAUGCCGGGCGCCAGCUCGCCGAGCGGCCGCGCCGGCGCCGGCAGGAGGUGGUGCGCGCACGGGGACCUCCUGACCGUGGCCGUCGCCGCGAUGCUCUGCUCGGCGACCUACUGCUUCUCCAUAUGGCACAACGGGCGCAACGCGGCGGACAAGAUCGUCAUCGGGCCGGCUCCCUUCGUCGUCGCGGGCGCCGCGUUGUGCGGGGGCGACGCCGCGGAGCUCGACUUCGAGGCGCACCACACCGCCGAGCGAGCCGGGCUCUCCGUGUCGUCUUCAUCGCCGACGGUCACCGGGCGACGGGCAUUGCGCGCGGCCGCGGUGCCCAUGGACGGUAUCGGGCGACGCGGCGUGGUGUUGGCGGGGAACUCGGCUGACGGCAAGGAGUGGGCACGGGUCAACGGCGACAAGCUCCGGUCAAUACACGCCGGCGCCGUGCGCGCGUAGGCCGUCACCGUCUCCCGUCUCGUCCCGGCGAUAGCGACGACGGAGCCACGCUAUCCUGCCGGUCUUGGCCGGGGUUCCCAAGACGAAGACGUGGUCGUGCGUUGCAUUUGGAAGCUAUACUAGUAAAUAAUUUACUCAAGCUGCAGUCCUUUUUGGAUCUAUGUUUGUGAAGAUAAAAUAAUCCGGGGAUGUUUUCGCGUAA